AUGAAGGUAGAUUAUGAUGCUUUUGGUGAUUUAUUAGUCCAUGAUACAACGUACCGUACAAACAAAUAUGGUAUGCUUUGUGGACCUUUUGUUGGUAUGAAUCAUCAUAACAAUAAUGUCAUGUUUGGUAUUGGCUUCUUGAUCAAUGAAAAAUGGGAAUCUUUUGAGUGGUUGUUCAAUACUUUUUUGAAAUCCAUGGGUGGCAAACAUCCUGUGACAAUAAUGACUGACCAAGCUCAAGCAAUGGCCAAAGCAAUUAAGGUUGUCUUCCCAAAUUCCAGACAUCGACUAUGUACGUGGCAUAUUAGGGAGAAUGCAAAGAAAAAUAUCAAAGGACUUAGAGCAAAGGAAGGUUUUAAUGAUUUGUUUGAUAUUGUUUUGAAGUAUACCGAUACUAUUCAAGAAUUCGAGCACUAUUGGUCAAGCAUGCAGAAAACGUACAAAUGCACAGAUAAUAAAUGGCUGCAAAAUCUGUAUAAUAUCAAAGAGAUGUGGUGUCCUGCAUAUUCCAAAGAUUAUUUUAGUGGCGGUGUUAUGUCAUCUCAGAGGAGUGAAACUACUAACAAAUCAGUUUCCCGUCGACUACAUGCCACUCAUGGUCUAUGUGAUUUCUACACUACUUUUAUUGAGGUUGUUGAUGAGUGGAGGAGUAGAGAAGGUAGUAAUGAUUAUGAUAGUAUGACUGGAAAUCGUCAUUUAGUUUGGGCAGAUAUUGGAUUGUUGGAGCAUGCAAGGAAGAUUUAUACUAUUCAAAUCUAUUUACAUUUUGAAGACAAUUUUGUCAAUGGUGUUCCCUGCACGGCAAAGGUAAUAGGAUUUCAACCUCCACUUUAUGAAUAUCAUGUUGGGCAUCCAAAAAAGGAUUUGAUCAUGCAUACUGUUGCAUUUGAUGAAUCAACAGUUACAGUUGAUUGUACUUGCAAAUAUUUUGGUGAGGUAGGUUUGUUGUGCAAGCACUCACUUCGUGUCUUACAUUUAAACAACAUUACUUAUAUCCCAAAGAGAUACAUUUGCAAGAGAUGGACAAAAGCUGCUAUGUGCACUAGAGUUGAUGACAAUGAUGUUGCUGAAAUGGGUGUCACUCCUUGUAGUGUAUGGAGAUUGUAUCAUAUUCGUACAUUUAUCACACUUGUAGAUCGAGCACAAAAUGACUUGAGUGCUCGAGCUGUCAUUGAGGAAGCAAUUGAAGAAUGCACUGCUAGGAUUAAUCUCUUGAUGGGAGAAGAUAAAGAUGUGCCACCUGAGUUAUCAAAAACGAAUGAACAAGAUGUUACUCCAGAAAAAGGUGAUGGCAGUCUAUUAGAACCAGCAGUAAUAUUUGAGGAAUUGGCUGAAGAACAUGGAGGACUUGAAAAAGAACAUGGAGGUUUUGAAAGAGAACAUGGAGGCAUUGUUAAAGAACACACAGUUCAGGUAGAUGUCAAGGAUCCUAUCAAAAAAAGGAAAAAGGGUCAAAAGAAUACUAGGUGGAAAAGCACACAGGAAAAGGUUUCCAACAAGCUCAAAGGUCAAAAGAUAAAGUCAUGGAGAAAGAAAAGCGCAAAGGGUGUUUCAAAGAUGAAACGAAAAGCACAGACUACGAUUAAGGAUUUCCUCCCUGUACCUGAUGGAAAUGUUCUGGCACAUUCCAACGAAUUUGGAGGAUCUUUGGAGUUUUUUGAGCCUGAUGACUAUUUUGGAGUGAAUAUUAGAGAAUUAUAAAUGAUAUGUACUAUUUAGUCUACGUUAACAAUUUUUUUUAUUUCAUAUUUGUCCUUAUAUUUUUUUUAAAAAUUUUUUUAAUAAGAUCUUAUAAAUUAGAACACUCUAUUUCAGUUUUUUUUUUUUUUAACAAGACAUAUUUUGCAUAUUAAUGGUGGUUACUGUGGCCUAUAAAAAGACAUAUUUUGUGUUAGUUUAUAAGACAUAUGAUGCAAAAUAACUAGAAAUAAAAUUUCACUGAACAAAAAGAACAUCAGAUGUUUUUAAAAGAACAUUGUAUGUAAUCAAUAGAACAUUAUAUGUUAAUAAAAGAACAUUGUUUGUAAUCAAAAGAACAUUGCAUAAAAUCAGAAGAAAACAUGUUGUAUAAAGAACAUUGUACAUGUUCAUUCUAUUCUUUCUUCCAAAUCAAUAUGCUUCCAAAGUUUAUUAGCCCCAACUAUACAAAAAAUAAACAGUGCUAAUUGUUCAACAUCCACCAAAUUUUCAAAAAGACAUACUUGUUCAAAAACUAACA